AUAAACAAAGUCCUUCAUCUCAUGGAAGAUAUGGACUUCAUAAAAUUUAUAUCUAUAUAGUGGCCGUUUCUUUAGCUCUUAUGAUAUUUAUUUUUUCAUCGCCCUAUUUCAAUCAAAUUCCAUACUUUAAUGCUGAUGCAAAUUUUGAUGACGACGACAUUACAAUAAUUCCUUCAAAGUCAACAAUUAAAGAUAAAACUAUUAAUAAUAAUGAAACAGUAAAUACAAGUGGACAUUAUAGUAUAUUAUUGGUUAUUUCCACAAAAAUAAGCCAUGUACGCCACAGAAAGGAAUUGAGAGAAAAUCUGUUUGGAAUUCGUAAUAAUUUAAAACCUUGUAUGCGCCAGGAUGGUGAUAUCUAUUAUAAAUUUUUAGUAGAACCUCAUAAUGUUAUACCAAAAUUUCACUUGCGUGAUUUUAGAGCUGAAUCCGUUGAAUUUGAUGAUAUUGUGGAAUUUCCAAAUCAUAAUAACGAAUGGCAAGAUAUUAUUUUAGAUUGGACGCAAAGUCUUUUCGAGGAAGACAUUACAUUUGAUCAUUUAGUAAUGAUAAAAGAUUCUACAAUUAUAGAUUUACACAAACUUCAAUCGGUUUUAAGAUCUUCUACAAUCAGUGGACAAUCUUUAACUAAUGUACAAAAAAGUAAUCUUGUAUGGGGUCCAUUUGAAUCUUUGUUAAAUGAUGUGGCUAUUAUCCUUGGUAACAAUGCUAUUACAACCAUUAUUAAAUCAAAAGAUGCCGUCAGAGCUGCCAGUGUAAAAAGGAAGGGUUUAAUAGUCGAGACUUACGAAUAUUAUCGUGAAUAUCCUCAUGAGACUGAUUUAUUCUUUGUUAAUGAUGGCGUGGGAUUAAUUGAUUUUCCCAGUUCUGUUGAAAAUAUUCCUACAAACACAACCAUUGCAGUUGGCGGUAUUUAUCUUGAAGAUGAUUUGAAAGAUGUUACAAACCGUCUUUCCAUCAGAACCACUUUGAUUUGUCAUCCCAACAACAAUCAUCCAAGAAUUGCAGUUGUUACCAGUAGUUUUGUUUACGAUAAUUUGUGUAUGCUUCCUGUUAUAAAACCAGCAGCCGAUAACAAAAGAUCUUAUGCUCAACUACAUGGCUACUCGUUUAUUGCUAGAUCACGUGAAUUUUCUCAACAAAUUUACAAAAAUCGUAAAACUGUGUGGGGCAAGUUUGAUGCAAUAGAAAGGAUUUUGCCUUAUUAUGAUUGGAUAUUUUGGCUCGAUAUGGAUACAGUCAUUACAAAUAAAUCAGUUACCAUAGAAAGUAUUUUGAAAAAAUUUACAGAUAUGGUUGGUGGUGAAGAGAAUUUUAGCAAAAUAAAUUUGAUUGUUACAAGGCCUGUCAAAGAUCAAAUGAUAAAUGCUGGUGUUUUCUUGUUAAGAAAUUCAGAAUGGAGUAAAGAAUUUAUAAGAAAAUGUCAAUAUCGUACUGAUCUCUAUAAAGGAGGCAUGUUCGAACAACGUGCCAUGUGGGACCUUAUGAGAGAUCCUGAAUGGGCGCCAGGAGUAAUAAUGUCAGAUCAAGAUGAUCGUACUUUUAACACAUUUCCUCCACGCUUUCAAAAAGGUGAUUUUGUUGUACAUUAUGCACCAGAUAAUUGUCCAGCAAAACCUAUGCUGGAUGCUAUGGGUAAAAUAAAAAUGUUGGAAGAGAACCCUGGAAUUGAAAUAUCGCUUGCACAUGGACCAGAUCAUUAA